CCUUUCGCUCCUCAUCCCUCUGCUCCUGCUCUCUCUCUCUCUCUCUUCCCGACGGAAAUUCCCAUUGGUACGGACAGUAGCAGCGGUCGUGGUGGUUGCCAACAAUAAUGAUAAUCAUAAUGAGAUAAUAACACAGUGAUAACAACCACAUUUCUUGCUGCCGACGCCCCAUACGUUUGCGGCCUGGAAUCUCCUGGCCGCCAGUCUCCACCAUACAACCUUGGAACACACGGACCGUACGAAACACCACCCGUAUUGUGUGUGAUGCAUAAGGCAUAUGUAUGUAUGUGUGUGCAGGAACCGAUCACCGCCGCAUUCCUCAUUCAGCCGUUCCCACGCCCUGAUUUCUCUCCCACUGCCGCCGCCUCACAUUUCUCCCCUCGCGCUCCUCGCUCCCUCAAGCAGCAGUCGCGGAAACAUGCCUCAUCUUGCGCCGGCUUGUCCCCUCGUGCGACUUGCUGGAAAUUGUCCUUUCUCAUCUCGAUCAAUGAUCCCUCUCGACAGCCUCCACCAUUUCCGCCACCACCACUAGUUUUGACGCAUCGGCAUCCAAUUUAGUCUCUUCGACAAGCCCUCGAUCCGCAACUCCGUCCACGCCGGCUCCAGUGAACGGACUUCCGCUCCUUCGAAAGGACGCGUCGCGACGUCCCGAACCGUGAUUUGAGUGGGAGCAACAGGGGAUAGACAGCUGCAACAAUAAUCACUAGAAGCCGGACGACACCACCACCACUCCAGUUUGC